UCAAAAAAUAGAGGUGAGCAGCAGUGCAGGGGGCCGCCUGCGCGGUGUUGUCUGGGAUAUGUGGGAGCUGGGUGGGCGUGCGUAUUUACAGAGCGAGGUGGGCCAGGUGUGUCAUUCGGUGAGCAGAGAGGAGCCCCGGUGCUGCCUCCAAGAGCGAGCGGGCGGGCGAGCGGGCGAGAGAGAGAGGGGGGUGUGAGUGAGACUCGGGCUUUCGGCACAGAGGCUCAGCCCACAGGAGGAGCCGUCCCAGUGCUCUCCUCCCGCCUCAGGACAGCCGGCGGAGCUGCUAUGCAGCCGCAGACAGCAGCGGCGGCAAGCCCAGGAGCACGCGCACGACGCACCUCUGCAAGCCGGACGGGUGCCGCCACACGCUCCCCGGCAGGAACCUUUUGAGCCAGCUCGGGGCAGUGCCUCGGCAGCCCACACUGGCAGGGAGCUCUUUGGCAGACUGUCCCGCUCCCGGCUGAACGAACGGCCUCUCCGCCAACAUGAGCAGAUGGCUUAAAUGCACCUCUAUGUACUUUAACACGGACUGGAACAAGUAUGAUGACCGGUUGAUGAAAGCAGUGGAACGGAGUGAGGUUGACAAGGUGGCCGCCGUGCUCAGCAAGAAGGGCAUCAUCCCCACCAAGCUGGAUGUUGAGGGCCGCUCAGCGUUCCACUUGUCGGCCACCAGAGGGCACCUGGACUGUCUCAACCUCAUCCUAGGCCACGGCGUCGACGUCACAGCCACGGAUGCUGCUGGUAAAAAUGCCCUUCAUUUGGCUGCCCGCAAUGGACACUCGCUCUGCGUGCAGAAGCUGCUCCAGCACAACUGUCCUGUGGGGAACUUGGACCUGCAGGGGAGAACAGCUCUGCACGAUGCGGUGAUGGCCGGCUGCUGCUCCAGCGUCAAGCUCCUAUGUGACAGUGGCGCAGCUGUAAACUCCUGCGACUUGGAUGGUCGUACCCCCUUGGUGCUGGCCACCCAAAUGUGCCGUCCCCAAAUCUGCCAGCUUCUCCUGGAGCGCGGUGCAGACAUCGGCAUCCGGGACAAGCAGAACAAGACCGCCCUGAUCCUGGGCUGUGAGCAUUCCUGUAAGGUGGCUGUGGAUGUCCUGCUGCGUGCGGGGGCUGACGUGGCGGCCGUGGACUGUUUUGGCCACGACAGCCUCUACUAUGCUCGCAUCUGCAAGAACCCAGAGCUGGUGGCGCUGAUCAGAAAUGCUACGGAGAGCGCUGCUAAAGCUAAAGCUGCAAAGAUGGAGAAACUUCGACGGCUGUCAAUGGAGAUGACUGCAGAAGCAGAAGGCAGCAUCAGGGAUCAGAUUAUACGUGACCUGGAGAGGAAGUUCCUCCAGGAACAGAAGGCUCUGCUGGACAAAGUGAACCUGCUGCAGCAGCAGCAAAGCCAGGAGAAGACAGCCAUGGAAGACUUGAAAAAAGAGAGGGACGAGCUGAAGCUGACUUUGUUAGGUCGUGAGAAGGACGAGGGCUCCAGGAGUGGGGACACCGUUAAGGUCCAGCUGAAGAGCCGCUUGGGAGACUACUCUGGCCAAUCUGUGAUAAAAGGGAAAGACAUGCUUGUGAAGCAAUCUCACAGUCUGGAUUCUGGACAGAUCCUACAAUCCCCUGCGCCGCUGCACUCCUUGUCGCGGCCACUGGACUUCUUGCAGUCGGGGGCAGUCCCAGGAGGAGAGGUGGAGUCUUUGAGGGAGGACCUGGUGGCGGCCAGAAAGAAGCAGGAGUCUGUAGAACAGGAAGUCUCUCGUCUACGGGCGGCGCUUGACUGCAAGAGCAGGGAGUUUGAGGAGCUGGCGCGAGACCGCGAUGUGGAGAAGCGAAACUCGGAGCGGCAGGUGCAGGAGCUGGAGCAGGCCCUGAGCGACGUGCAGAAGCGCAUGCUGGAUUCUGAGGCUAAGGUGAAGCAGCUGCAGACGCACGUGGUGGCUAUGAAGGAGCACCUGAACAGCCAGGUGGUAGAGGACCUAAGGGUCCAACUUAAGGAUGUCAAAGGCAAGUAUGAAGGGGCAUCCACGGAGGUCGGCCGGCUUCGCAACCAUCUCAAGCAGAGCGAGAAGGCCUUGGAGGAGUACAAGAAGAGCGAGGGCCUGCUGGCCGACGAGACUGAGAAACUCACAAAGGAGUUGGAGAAAUCCAAGGUGGAGCGAGAAGAGAUGACCUUGACAUUGAUGGACAUGGAGUCCCUGAUGAAGGAGAUGGAAGUCAGGCAGGCAUCCAUGGUUUUGGGAGAGAAGUUUGACAACAUGAAGAAUCUUCUCACUAUUGCGGUGGAUGAGAAGGGGAAGCAGUUGGUGGAGCUGAGGGAGGAUUACGACCGCGUGCUGGAGGAAGUGGCAGAGCUGCACCGGGAGCUGGAUGGUCAGAAGACCAAUGCUGAGAGGACCAUCCUUCUGCAGGAGCACGAGAAGGUGAGGGCCACGCUGGAGGAUCAGAACGUGGCUUUGAAGAAGAAGCUGGCAGAUGUGACCUCCAAGAGUCAGGCACUUAUCCGGGAGGUAGAGGAAGGGGAGAAGGAGAAGGGAAUCCUCAGGGGGCGUGUUCAGGAUCUGACCAAGAAGAUGCAGGUGCAGUUCGUGUCCCUCAAGUCCCAUGAGGAUAUGAAGAGAUCUUUGAACCACACCAUAGAAGACUUGAACAGGCAGCUGGCGGAAGGGGAGCAGAAGAGAAGCCGUGAUGAAGCGGAGCUUCAGAAACUGGAAUUUGAGAGGUCAACACUGUGUGAGAACGUCAACAAUCUACAGAGCCAAUAUGUCCCCCGGGAGAAGUUCAAUCAGGAAGUUGGCAGCCUGAUGUCUCGAAAGGAAGACAUAGAGAUGGAGCUGGCAGAGGUUCGAACAAAGUGUCAGGAUAAGGAGAAAGAGCUGGAGAAGGUGGUGGCUGACUACGCGUUCCUGAAGCAGAGAUUGGAGGGGGAGUAUGUGCCAAGGGCUGAGCACGAGAGGGUGAAAGCUGAACUGAGCACUGCUUUGGGUGAAAUGAAGGCAAGAAGCUGUGAUUUGGAGAAACGGGUCAAGGAAGGAGAGGAAGAGCUGCGACAGGUGAAGGAGAGAAGUGAAAUGUUGAGCAAAAAGCUGCAGGGUGCCCAGACUACACUAGAAAAGGAUUAUGUCAGUUUUAAAGAUUAUGAGGGAAUGAGGAGCAGGUUGGCUGGUGAGGUCUCUGAGGCAGAGCACAGGGCAAAGGAGGCACAGGUGAAAUACCAGUCUGCACAGGAGGAGAUCGAAAGGCUUCAUAAAGAGAUGGAGGAGCAAAAGAGAGAGCUGGAUAUGAUUCAGGAGGCCAUUCAGUCAAAGUUUGUCUCGAAGACUGUCAUUGAGGAAAAAGAGAAGUCCUUCAGGUCCACCUUGAAGGACUUAACUGAACAGCUGGAAGAGAUGCGGGAGAGAUACAGCCAUGUGGAGAAGGAGGGAGAAUGUCACAAGCAGGAGAAGGAGAAGCUGCAAGUAGAGAUGAAGUCUGUGCAGGGGAGGCUUGAGAUGGGAUUUGUUCCCACUGAAAAGUACCAGGAGGUGGAGGGCAGGAUGAAGGAGCUGAGCCAAGCGCUGCAGGAUAUGCAGCAGCAGCACCAGGAUGUAACGAUGCAGAAGAACAAGCUGGAGGAGCAGACUGCUCAGAGAGAUGCUGCGAUCCAAGCCCUGCAGCGCAAGAUGGACACUGAGUACGUGCCUUCGGAGAAGUUUGAGGCCAUGCAGCAGUCGUUGUGUGGCACCCUGCAGCAGGCGCAGCAAGAAUGCGAGCGUGUGUCCGAGGCCUAUCGGCACGAAACGGGCAGGGCGGACGCCCUGGAAGAGGAAAUGAAAGCCCACAGCCACGACACCGCCCUACUUACAGAGCUCCGUACCUGUAAGGAGGCCCUGCAGCAAGAGGUGGCCAACCUCAAGCUGACCCUGCGUGAGGAGCAGGAGAGCGCUGCACAGAAAGCUAAUGAUGUGUCCUCCCUCCAGGGUGAGUUGCUCAGGGCCACACAGGGCCUAGAGGAGCUCCAGAGCCAGGGCACCAACGAGAUGGCUGUAGUCCAUGCCGAGAAGCGUAGGUUUGAGGAGAAGGCUGUGGGCUUGGAGGAGCGGCUGUCGAGUUUGACGAGGCAGUGUGAGGACUUGUACAGAGAAGCUGUUCAGGCUAAGGAGGGGGAGAGCAGGGCGAGGUCUGAGACGGAGGCCUUUCAGGCUAAGAGCAUGUCCAUCGAGAACGAGAUCAAAGAGCUGAAGAAGAGGUACGACGACUCCCUCAGCACUAUAGAAGACCUGCAGAAGAGAAUCCAGAUGUCCUCAGAGCAAACAGAAAUGAAAGAUAAGAAGAUCACAGAGCUGCUGACAGACGUGGAGCGGCUGAAGCAGGCCCUGAACGGGCUCUCCCAGCUGGCCUACGCGGGCAGCACUCCCAACAAGAGGCAGACGCAGCACGUGGACACACUCCAGGCCCAGGUCAAAGGCCUGCAGCAGCAGCUGGCUGAUGCCGAGAGGCAGCACAGGGAAGUGGUAUCGAUAUACAGAACUCAUCUCCUAAGUGCGGCGCAGGGCCACAUGGAUGCGGAUGUCCAGGCGGCGCUGCUCCAGAUCAUCCGCAUGAGGCAGCAGUUCGUCUGCUGAUUGCUCUGCUCAAGAGGCACUUCCCUGAGCGCUGGUGACAAGCCGAAACUCAUUCAUGCCCCUCCCCCUUUUGCGCCCGAAGCGCCUCGCCGGCCACUCGGAAUGGUUCAGGUGAACCGAAAUCUGACGCCUAUGACCGAGGCUCAUAUGCUGCGUGCUGAGAGGCUAAAUGAGCUCGAAUUAGGCUGUUCUCUCCACUAACUUCCAUUUCCUGUUUAUCUAAAGAUUCCUUUUACAUCUAAGCUUUCAUUUCAUAACUAGCAGGCCACUUUAUACGGAUUUAAUAAGAACUUUUGUUUUUUUUUUUUUGUUUUUUUUAAAGUGGCGCUGGACAAAAACUUGUAACGAGCCAGACCGUCAGGAGUUUGACUUUGUGAUUUCAAAGUAUAAAUAAUUUUUGCCUUAAGUGCUUCUGACUGAAAGGAACUGAACUUGUUUUCCUCUGAAUGUCUGUGAUCUGAAGUCUUGGCUGCAGUUUGGGUUCACUGCCCAGUCUGGCUAGGUCUGUAUUCAUACAAUACAGAGGUAAGGUAGGUCAGCCUCAUGGAGUCUCCGGUCACUGCUGUGCUGGUAAUAUAAUCUGAUACCUGUAUUUACCGAACCUCCAGCACCCUCUGGGUGACUGGGCUGUAAUAUUCAUUCCCCCGCUGAAGCUAGUGCCUUCUUUCUGUGAACUUUGCUGAGCCUCUGGGUAUGUUAUACUGUAUCUGGCUCACUGAAAGCUAAGAGUGUGCCUUCCUCGAGGGGUGGGGGUUAGUGUCCUCCCAGCGUUCCCGUGGCAGCACUGUACACUGCACUGCCUCUGGUUGUAGCGAGACUGCCCCCUUGUGGUGUGGCUUGGCUGGCCAAGUUACCUGUGUAAUUUUUACUAGCUUUUAAUUUUCUAGUUUAUAAUGGAUUUGAGAUUCAAUAUGACUUUUGUGCAUUUUAACAGAUAUAUAUAUAUAUAUAUUUUUCGAUAAUUGCUUUGUAAUACUUUUGAUUAAUAAACACGCAUUGAGCAGGACUGGAGUCUGCUGACAUGAUGCUGCAGGCCGUAUUUAUCAAGCUGUGUCACAGGUGCAGGAUUUACACCUCCAUUCUCAGUUUUUUUUCUAAAAAGCCUUUUUCAUUUUGCUUUCAUGGAUGUUGUAAAUCCAGUGCUGAUUUUUGUUUAAAUUUUAAAUGUAUGUUUAAUUAAAAAAACAGGCGAGGAUGUUGCAGUGAAGCAAAUGCUUGAUAAGUCUGCCCCCUAGUGUCACACUGUGGGAAGUGUCUGCAUCCCUAUUAAUAUUGCUGUUUAAAACACUACUAAAAUAAGUGUGGAAGAGGUCUGUGUAAAAUGUGAAAGAUUUUUAAUAUGCUAAUAUAAGGGUGAUUUCAAGAAACUUAAUAUUAAUAAAAUUGUUACUGCAGUUCUACAGCCAUGUUGAACUUAAUAUACAUUUUGCCAUUUUUUUUUCUCCUAACCAGAUCCACUUUAUCAGUAAUUGAAUUAUUCAGUAUAUUUACUAUUGAACCCAAGUUUAAAGUAUCCAAACAUCUUGACAAUAUGCGUUCCUAGCAAGGGCUACUUUUUUUUUUGAUUUUCUUUUUUUGCCAGUUGUUAGUACUGAUUUUAAUAAAAGUGCCUGUUUUACAA